UGCGGGUAGGAUGCGGCACCGGUCUGGACCGGCUUGAGCAGUGCGAAGUUGUUCGUGGCGCGUCGCCGUCGUCGAUUCCUCGCCUCGUCCUCGUCGUCCUCCUCCUCGUCAGGUCGCCUCGUGCCCCUCAAGCCGCAUUUCUUUGUUUUAGCCCGAGAAGGAGCAGCAGCAGCAUCGGCGGCUGGUGGUGGUGGUGGUGGCUGUUAAUUGUCCACCCCCCCAGCGGCUCUGGGGAAGAGGAGUGGUGGUGGUGGACAAGUGGCGGAGCGAGCGAGAAAGAUGGGGAUUUGUUGACGUGUCCGAUACUCGAGAGGGCCAUCCAUCGGUGGUGGGCCAGUGAUGGGCGAGGCAAGGUGAGAAGGGGCAUUAAAGGAGGCAAAACCCUCCUCGUCCUCCAGUUGAGCGUGGAGGUGGCACAGAAAAGCAGGGACAAGUGAGCCGAGCUGUCGUCGGUUGGGAGGGCAAACUAAACCGGUUUCACGCCAGUCUACCUCUUGAAAGAAAAUGGUGCCGUCUCAGGUCACAUUCCUCGUCAGGGCAGAUACUCUUCCAGGGGAAGCUCUGGGGUUGUGUGGGGACAGCCAAGACUUGGGAAGCUGGAAAUCUGAGAACUCUAUAACUUUGCAUCAAGAAUUACCAGACAGUAACAUCUGGACGGUGACGGUACCCCUGCCCUCUGUGAAAACUGUACACUUUCGCUUCUUCAAAGGCUGCUUCUACGAGUCAAAGACUAAAGAUGGAAGUAAACUGGUCACGGUUAACAAAUGGGAGACCCACCUCCAUCCCAGGGAGUUUACACCAACUGGUGCCAAUUGCAGCGUUGAUGGAGGACAUUUUGGCAUUGUCAAUGGAGUGACAUCCGUUGACAUCGGUUGGUUGACCUGCCAAACAGAGCUCCGGUUACGUCUGCACUUUUCUACCAAGCCGCCUGUUCUCAUAAAUAAGAAGAAAUUCAAGAACUCACGUUUUAGAGUGAAGCUGACUAUUGAAGGCACAGAGGAAGAUGACGAUUCAGAAAAUUACACGGAGGCAGAAUGUACCCAGACCGAGAACCCCAAGGUGCCACUAUCCCUUGAGAUUUCUCUUAUCAGUCAGGGCCAGUACAAGUCACGGCACUCCCAGCCCGAGUGUGGAUAUGCCCUGGAGCCAUCAUGCUGGAUGGAGUACAUGGUCCAUACAGUGGACCCAGGGAACCUGGAGCUUACCUUUGACUUUUUUGAGGAGGACCUGAGUGAGAGGGUGGUACAGAGCGAUGCCUUGCCAGGCCUGGUGGGCACGGCCUGCCUACUUUCAUCGACUCUCAUGGAAACGAGCAAAAGCAAUGGCGUCAUUAGUCUGCCCAUCAUGGGACGAAACACGCGGCAGACAAUCGGCAAAGUAAACGUGGACUACUUCAUCAUCCACCCAGCCCAAGACCUGCAUUGUGAUAUGAAGGCCUCAUUCUCCAAGUAUUGGAAGCCACGUCAGACCCUAGACAUCGGUCAUAGGGGUGCUGGCAUAUCAUACUUCACAGAGAAGCUUGCUAAAGUUCGAGAAAACACCAUCACCUCAUUUAAGAAUGCUGCAAGCCAUGGAGCUGCUUAUGUAGAGCUGGACGUUCAUCUCUCCAAAGAUCUUGUUCCAGUAGUAUAUCAUGAUUUUACCUGCUGUAUCUCCAUGAAAAAGAGGCACAUGGAUGAUCAAUCCGAGCUGUUGGAGAUCCCUGUAAGGGAGCUGACCUACCAACAACUGCAAAUGCUUAAGCUGGCUCACGCUCAUGCAAAAAAAGUCGACCUUGACCACGAUUCCAGUCUCAAUGAUUCUCAUGAUGUCCCAGAAACUCAGUCGUUCCCGACACUAGACCAGGUCUUUGAAGGCGUUCCUGAGCAUGUUGGCUUUGACAUUGAAAUCAAAUGGCCCUUGCAGCAGAAGAAUGGAGUGUGGGAAGGGAAUCUCUCGUCUUACUUCGACAUGAACCAAUUUGUUGAUAUCAUCCUGAGCUGCGUACAGCAACAAGCCAAAACACGACGCAUCAUAUACUCCUCAUUCGAUGCCAAUAUCUGUGCCAUGGUCCGCUUGAAGCAGAAUAAAUACCCGGUACUCUUCCUAACUCAGGGAAUGACGGAGGUUUACCCAGAAUUCAUGGACAUUCGCACCCGCUCCACCCAAAUCGCCGUUCACUUUGCUCAAGCCGAAAAUAUCCUGGGAAUUAGCGCUCACACGGAGGACCUUCUGCGAAACCCAACCUACAUUGUGGAAGCCAAGUCCAAGGGGUUGGUGAUCUUCGGCUGGGGCAAUGAUACCAACGUGUCCGAAAAUCGACACCGUCUCAAGGAGCUGGGCAUGGACGGCCUCAUUUAUGAUCGAAUUUACGACUCAAAACCGGAGGAGGCGAACACGUUCCAGGUUGAAGAGCUGAAUAAGGUCACCGAGGGGGUGCCAUUGGACGUCAUCAUCCACACGAACGGAGAGGACGCUCAUCAGAUCUCUUAAAUCCAUGCCCGCGUACUCUCCUGCACUCCAAACUUUGGUAUUGAUUACGCAAUGAGAUCUCUUUAGAAACCUUUCACUGCUCGAAUCCUUAUGCAGAUUGUGAUGUUUUGCAUGCGCAUAUAUGUGUAACUAAUACUUUCACUUGGCUGUAUUGUGCAUUAGUCUUAACGUUUUAAAGUCAACAAGCAAGAACUUCAGUUUUAGCUCGCGCUUUUGCAGGCUGCUCAUAUUAACUUCAUUCCAAUUGCAUAAUCGGCUGGUCCAACAUGUUACUUUCACAGUGUGUUAACUUUUAAAAGCAAAUGGAUGCGUUGUGAUGCUAUGUAUGAUUUGGCUUCUGUACUUGGUGCUAUUUAGAAAUAUCUGCAAUAAUGUCAAAUGUUGAUUGCAAAUGCGGCCAUCUCGGUCUGCUUUGGCACGAGCAUUUGCUGGAAGGUUUAAAGCAUAAAACUUAAUACCGGGCCCGAUUUUGGCAUGAAAACGUCCUUGGCAUGCAACCCUCUUCGGUUGUCUUAACUGCAAAAUGUAUAACAUCUGUCAUAUUGAAGUGAUGCAAAGACAAUGCAUAAUGAUGUAUAUUUAUUUUUCUUUUUAUAUAUUCACUAACGUACGUUUACGCUCAACUCUCUUGGAUACGUUCAUAUUCAGGUCAUUUUAUACGUUGUGGUCUGUUUUGUUGAUUAUAAUUGCGUUUAUUGUUGCAACCGGGGUAGCACGAGUUCAUUGUUGCCUCGGACAAAGCAGUUCGAUUACUAUCUGUUCACUGUAAUUAUGCAUGCGCAUUGGGAAAUCAGGACACAAUGAUGUAUUGAGAACAUACUUGACCUAGAGAAAACUGAAUGUACGUUUGCUGAUUCGUAUGUUUUGUGAGUGCUUAGUAGCUCUAAAAUGUAAGCAACAAUUUUUUUUCUUUGUCUUAUAAAUGUUUGGUAGCAUCAGACUUUUUUGUUGUGAUUUUGGAACUUAGAAAUUCUUGGUGCACAUGCCUUUUUUCAGUAUUUUAUUGCACUGGUGUGCUGUGAGGUACUGUAAAAAGACAUAACAUCAAUGCAGUGCUGAUAACUAUAUUUUAUGCGAUAAAAACUUUACGUAAUAAAGUGCAAUGAUGUCCUUUUAUUUUCAUUAUUGUGUGGUGUGGGCAGAUAAAAAAAAAUAUUCUAAUUUGUUUUGCUUGUUUGAAAGCAUGUUUCGUUUAUUGUUCAGACUUAAUUUGCACGUAUUGCAAAACCAAUUGGCGGCAUAUACAAUUAUAGAACGAAAUACAUGAAAAUUAUACAGUACGAUAUUACAUUUUUAUAUAAAAAGUGUUAUUUGGGUCUUUUGCUUAAACAUUUUCUGGCUUCAAUUACUUUUUACGUUUAAUGUCAGCAAUAUUAAUGAAAGGGCAUCGGCUGCUUUUGUAAACAUGUUCCUGACCAUUUGUUAUUUAAAUGGAAGAAUUAAAAUCAAUUAUUGUAGUCCUUUUGGGGUGAGUGGAGGUGCAAUGGUUUAGUGCACUGCACUUUGAACCCGGUGACCUGAGUUCGUUUCCCGGCCAUGGCUAAUAUCAGCGGUGAGUGACAAAUUCACUUUCCCUGGGCUCCCUCCAUCCGCACUGAUCAUCAUGGUGAAGUAUGGUCAAACAACCCCCAUGACUAAAACACGGGGGGGGGGGUGGCCUUUAGGGGGCUUUGACGAAUGACUUUUAAAGUAUUAUUUUGUAUUAAUAUGCUUGAGAAUUUAUCUGGGAAUGAGCUAAUGUGUGAUGUAUAUGUGUGAUGUAUAUGUGUGUUAAAAUGUACAGGGAUUUUUGAUUUGUGUUUGUGCCGUUUCUGUCUGACGGCUGAACACGUUUACUUUUGGAGUGUGAAACGUUGGAAUUUAUUCGGUUAACAGUAGCCACGUGUCUUUUCAAAAUGUAUCAUUAGAUUGUGUAAUGUACAUUUUCACACUUUUGUUUGUGAACUUUCUUUCAAAUGUACAUUAUUAAAUAACAAUCUUGCAUUAUCCUACCUCAAUUAGUACAUUAUGUGUUUUGCCUUUUUAAGCUUUGUUGUCAGUUUAUGGGUUUGCAAGUGUGAACAUAAUGUGUACAGUAUGCAUAAUAAUACAGUAUAAGCCAUGUUUUAUUACAUAGGAUUUCAAAAUUAACGACUUGGAAAUCAUGCGCGAAAUUAGCACUCUUGAUAUUUUUACCAAUUUAUCGCAGUUCUUCCACUCUGGGUUUAACCACUCACGAGGCAUUUUGAGAAUGCUGAGUUUGUAGAUUGCACACGCCACUCUGCACAGGAUGCCAGUUGAAAAUGUUUCAUGUUACGUGUCAUUUAAAAAUCUAAAUAUGUGCCUAUUACAAUAUAGAUGUUCACGUGCCUGUAUUCUAAAUAAAGACUCAUAAAUGCA